AUGGAUUACUUGGUUCCAGGCUGCUUGCGUGCCAGCACUUCUUGGGCUUUUAGUGACUCCUUAUUUGAUUUACAAAAUAUUCCCCCUGAAAUAAAGGACACUCCUGAAGCCCAAGCAUUAGCUGCCGAGAAACUAAAGAACAUGGGUCGAGUAACAAAAAAUGAAUGGAUCAUGAUUGCAACGAUGCUUCUUGCAGUCUCACUAUGGAUUUUUGGGCAAACUAUUGGCGUAUCCAGCGUUGUUGCUGCAAUGAUUGGACUCUCGAUACUUCUUCUGCUUGGAGUGCUGAACUGGGAGGAUUGUUUGAAUGAGAAGUCUGCAUGGGACACCCUAGCUUGGUUUGCUAUUUUAGUUGGUUUGGCUGGGCAGCUUACUACCCUCGGGAUUGUGUCCUGGAUAUCUAAUUGUGUUGCCAAGGUUCUUCGAUCUUUCUCAUUGAGCUGGCCUGCAGCAUUUGGUGUUCUUCAGGCCUCAUACUUCUUUAUUCACUAUAUAUUUGCAAGCCAAACUGCACAUGUUGGAGCUUUAUACUCGGCAUUUCUUGCCAUGCAUUUAGCAGCUGGUGUGCCAGCUCUAAUGUCGGCACUUGCUUUGGCAUAUAAUGCAAACCUCUUUGGAUCACUGACACACUAUAGUAGCGGGCAAUCUGCAGUAUACUAUGGAACGGGGUAUGUUGGCCUUCCAGAUGUAUUCAAGCUGGGUUUUAUAACAGCCGUAAUCAAUGCUGUAAUUUGGGGAGCUGCUGGUGCAUUAUGGUGGAAACUGUUGGGUCUUUAUUGA